CCGUCCCCCCCCCUCCCCUCACAGGUUGCUCCGCCGCCAUGGCUUCUAGCGGGGACGAGGCGAACACCGGCUCCCCGGUCCCGGUGGGCACCGGCACGGCCCCGUCCAGCCCGGAACCGGGCCUGACUCCCACUCCACCGGACAGCACGGAGGACUUCGAGGUGCUGGAGGAGGAUGAGGACGACCUGAGCGAGCUGCCGCCGCUGGAGGACGUGGGGCGGGCGCGGGCCCCGCCACCGCCACCGGAGCCACCGGAGGACGCCCGGUGCCCGGAGCAAGGCCCGGGGGAGACCCCUGAAGCCCCCCAGGAAUGGCUGGACGUCUUGGGGAACGGCUUGCUCAAGAAGAAGACGCUGGUGCCCGGCCGGGGGGCGGAGAGCCGCCCCCACAAGGGCCAGGAGGUGACCGUGCGGCUGCGGGCCACGCUGGAGGACGGCAGCGUGGUGGAGGAGGACCCCGGGCUCGCCUUCACCCUGGGGGACUGCGACGUCUUGCAGGUGGGGCUGGGAGAAGGCGGCCCCCCGCUGCCGGUGGAGGUGGCGGCAGGCAGGCAGGGCUGAGCGCGCCCUCGCGCCCGCAGGAGCCCGGACAUCCCACCCAACGCCGCCCUCACGCUGGAGGUGGAGCUGCUGGAGGCUCGGGACGGCCCCGACCUGGAGCUGCUGAGCGGGAAGGAGAAGGUCGGGCUGGCCAACCGCAAGCGGGAGCGCGGCAACUUCUACUACCAGCAGGCAGACUACGUGCUGGCCAUCAACUCCUACGACAUCGCGCUCAAGGUCAUCGGCUCCAGCUCCAAAGUUGAUUUCAGCCCGGAGGAGGAAGCCGAGCUGCUGGAGGUGAAGGUGAAAUGCCUCAACAACCUGGCAGCCUCGCAGCUCAAACUGGACCACUACGAGGCAGCCCUCAAGUCCUGUAACCUGGUGCUGGAGCACCAGCCGGGGAACAUCAAGGCCUUGUUCCGAAAAGGCAAGGUGCUGGCCCAGCAGGGCGAGUACAGGGAGGCCAUCCCCAUCCUAAAAGCAGCUCUCAAGCUGGAGCCUUCAAACAAGACCAUCCACGCCGAGCUCUCCAAGCUGGUGAAGAAGCACGCGGACCAGAGGACGGUGGAGACGGAGAUGUACAGGAAGAUGCUCGGCAACCCCAGCGCCGGCAGCGCCCCGGUCAAGUGCAAAGACAAGCUGCCCUGGUCCAUCCCCUGGAAGUGGCUCUUCGGUGCGACAGCCAUCGCGCUCGGCGGCGUGGCCCUGUCCGUGGUCAUCGCGGCGAGGAACUGAGGACGGCGGCGGGGAGGCCCCGGCGCUGCCUCGCUCCUUCCC